CGGGACUUUUACAGUGUACAGCUUGGUCUUCGACAAUAUUUCCAGCAAUUGCCUGUACAGAUAGCGGACAGUUGCAGCGUAGACGCUAUCAAUUGUAGUUACAAUGGCAUCGGUAUUCCGUAUAUCGGAUUUGAAUGCACGCAAACUCCUCUCGACAAUAUUCGAAUAAUCGACGUGCACAGCAACAAUAUCACCACGGUGGAAGAUUACAUUGACAUUUUGAACGAAGAUUUCCUUUCCUUAUCAGCACCUGGCUUCUUUUACGAAGCUUCCAUGGCCGGUCGCACGCACUACGACUUGAGAAACAUCUCGCUACCGUACAAUUAUUCAUCAAGUUCCGAAGCAGAGCCCUUCGACCAGGGCGCACGAGACAGUGUCGGGGAUGUAACAAUGGUGGUCGUUAGUCACGAGAACACGAUGAGUUAUCAAGGUCUCGAUUCUGACACCCUAGAGGCGCGAAGAUGUACGCUUAGACCAUACUACAACUGGACAGAGAUAUACAAUGUACGAGGAAACAUCGGUUUCAACAUCUUGUCAUCCGAGCCAGUGACAAUGGAUUACGACAACAUUAUUGGGAACAACGUAUAUCUGAAUGAAGUGGAAGAUUCGGACGUCAAUGCCACUAUCCAGUUAAACAUGUAUGCGCUACAGCUGAGUGUGAUGCGAGCACUUGUGUUGGGCGAAGGCGGCAUAGUGCAUCCUGUAUAUAAUAGGGAUACUGUGGAACAGAAUCUACGAAACUUUUCCAACUAUCUUGGUCUCACAUACGUUCUUACAUCACCUGGUGGCUCGGAUGAACUUAUCACAACAACGGGUCCAUAUAAAACCACUUGCAAGGAAACCGAGCUUCUUUUUGCGUUAAAUCCAGCGUCCUACUAUCCACUGGCUUUAUGUCUUCUCGUCCCGUUGGCCUGGUGGACAGUGACAUGGAUCGUCAGCUUAUACCAAGUCAAUGGCGUCUCCCGUGGACAUUCCCAAGUUGCACUGCUAGUCAGUGGCCUCACCCCUGUAGUCCGUGAGAAGAUGCGGGGUACUAUACACGAGAAUCAGUAUGCUGUCAUGACUGCUGCCGGCAAAGUCAAAGUCAAAUUUGGUGAGCGCGCUUCGGAUGGCCAGCCUACUUUUGGAUUACCGCAAGAAGUCAAGCCUAUUGGUGUCAGACGCAUGUCAUUUUGAUCUCUUUUAUUACCUGUACUAUCACCCAUCCAUUCACAUGUUCCCGAUAUAUUGCUUUUAAUUUAAGUAUGCAUAUAUCUUCUGUCUUAAACUCGCUGCCGCAUGACAAGAGGCGGGACUUCAAACGGUGUUUCUAUUGACUCGCG